CAAUCAGGUACAAUAUGCAUAUGGUUCUCAACCUUCUAGAGCAUUCUGCUGAGCGGAAAUAUCUAAACUCAGUUAUAAGUGAUUAAUUAUCACUUACCGGUCAAUUGUUAAUCUGGUCUGGAACCCAAGGGCAAAUACUGUUGUAAGUGACUAUUGCUACUAUGUAUAGGCGCCAUAAUCUAAGCUCUAAGCCCGACCCGGGAGUGGCUCCAAUGGGCUGAAAGCUUAUCACUGCCACCUCGCCUUCUCGUGUCCAUUGCUCCUGUGAAUCCCUCGAUCUUGCAGUCGGCUGGAGCCGUGGAUCCUGCGCAGAUCCAAUGGUUCAUGCAGCUAAAGUGACAGUGUCCUUUCUCAUCUGCCUAACAUCUCCACUCUUUGCAGAGUACGCUGUCUUGCUACCACGAGCUGGUCUACCUAAUUACUUGGUCCGUGUGGGAUCGCCCAAUAGACGAUGCCAAUGGCUUGGACUAUGAGAUCUAUACGCAGUAGUUUGGGGUUUAGCUUGCCUAGUUGCUA